ACCUCCUUCUCCAUCUCCCUUUUAACAUGAGCACUGCAGCAAGUCGUAAAUUAUCCAAGAGAAAAAGAACUGUAGAACCAGUGAGUACUUUUGUAGAAGUAACCAAUGGUCAAACCACCUCCCGCGAUGCUUCUGAUGAAGACAAUACAGAGACGAAUUUGCCUGAUUUAAAAAAAAAACGUCGUACCGAUUUUGUCAUUGAAGACCAAGUUCAAGUAGAAUUGCCUCCGGGUAUUGAAGAACGUUACGGAUUCAAGAUUAAUAAGCCCCCAGUUGGAAGACCCAUUCGAAUUUAUUGUGAUGGCAUUUAUGAUUUAUUUCAUUUCGGACAUGCAAAGGCACUCGAACAAGCCAAGAAAGCUUUUCCUAACGUGUAUUUAUUAGUGGGAGUGUGUAGCGAUAUAGAAACGCAUAAACGCAAAGGCAAGACUGUUAUGACAGAUCAGGACCGAUACGAGGCUGUACGACACUGUAAAUGGGUAGACGAGGUCGUGCAAAAUGCGCCAUGGUUUGUGGACCAAGAAUUUUUGGAUAGCCACAAGAUUGACUAUGUAGCCCACGAUGCAGAGCCCUAUCAAAGUAAAGAAUCCGGUGAUGUCUAUGCAUUCGUCAAGGACCAAGGCAGGUUCUUCCCCACUGAGCGUACUGAUGGCAUUUCCACAUCCGAUUUAAUUACUCGAAUCGUACGUGAUUACGAUGCUUAUUUAAGAAGAAAUUUAGAAAGAGGUGUCACUGCAAAAGAAUUGAAUAUUUCCUUUAUCAAGGAAAGAAAGAUAAAGACGAAGAAAUCAAUUCAAGACCUGAAAAAGACUAUCCGAACUGCAAUUAAUGAUUCCAUGUUGCUAUGGGAAGAUAAAAGUCAUGAUUUCAUUAGAGGAUUUAGUGGUGUCUUUGGCGCUGAAGAUGUGGUGGAUAAGAUUUGGAAAUACCGUAACCGUAAUAGAUUAACAUCGGAUAGUGUAGAAAGUAGUCGUGCUAGCAGCAGAGUUCAAUCUGAGGAUGAGGACAAUGAUGAUGAUGAUGAGGACGACGAAAAUCAGUAUGAUUCAUGUGUGGAACCAUAGUAACAAUAAACUCUUGUACUUUUAAACACACUUUGGGGAUGAAUGCAAAUUAAUGUUUGUAUUACAGAG